UGAAGACAUACCACGAGGCUUCAGGUUUUGACGUUCGUGACAGGGUGUGGGACCGCCGAAGUUCAGGAUUGCGUCGGCAAAGCCCGUCCGUUACGACAAGUGCAGGCGACGAUCUCACUCUUCUGACGCUUCCAAAGAGUGCCGGAAUCCAUGCUAUAUUGGAUGUCAAGGACGUACCACUUAGAUUUACUGUGACCACCAGUGAUAAUACUUCGACCGAGUGGAUUGGGUUUGCCAAGCAGCAGGAAUCGUUUUCUGUGGAGUUUCCUUCGAUCACAACCGAUAAUGCCGUGAAUGCGAUCAUCGUAAAGAGCACUCGUACCCGCACACUGCUAUCGCCCCAGGACGAAGAACACCUGAACAACUUCAAAUCAAGCCGCUCGUAUGAAAUACUGCAAAUCUUGGAUCAGAGUAAGAGAUUGGAGGCGAGUAUAAUGGAGCAGUGCUGCGCCAUUGCCACUCUGCGCUGCAACGCAUUCCGAAUCCAACAUAAGCUGGAAAACGUUUCGCUGCUGAACGUGCCAAUCCAUGCUCUUCCUCCAGAGAUUCUCUCCAUAGUGUUUAACAUGUGCGUCUCGUCCUCGGAGGACGAACGAGUCUUGGACAAGGACAAGGUCGCCAUCCGCCUUGGGUCAGUCUGCAAACUCUGGCGAGACCUGACUCUCUCCACUCCAUCGCUUUGGAAUGCGGCACGCAUCAAGAUUGCCGAACCACACACAGGCUCAGUUUCAUGCAAUGCAAAUCUUUUGCAUAUAAUCACGCAGAGAGCGUCUGCUUCAAGGCCAUCCGCGCUAGAGAUCUGCGACACGCUCCAACCCAAAUCCCAGAAUUCGCCUAAUUUGCAGCAAUUCUUUGCAUCGCUUGCCCCUUCCCUCCCCUUCUUUACCUCCUUAGACCUCACCAUCCAAUCGGCAAGCUCAUAUGAGAACCUCGUCCAACUCAAGGCCCAAAAUCCCGCAAUCAAUUUUGCCCGCCUCCAAUACCUCAACCUUCUCAUCAAGCGCCAACACAUCUGCCCGGGCAAAGACACUUUAAUCGACCUUAUACCAUUCACCCUCUUCCAAUCUGCUCCCCGGCUUUCUCAGGUCUUCCUCGACAUGUGCCACUUCCAAGCGCUUUCGAUGAUUCGGCUCCCGUACCAGCAGAUCCGGAGUCUGUCCUUCAGGUUCAUAAUUGAUAGGAAAAUGCCCCCUGAGUUGGUUGCGAAGGGCUGGCAGAGAGUGUUUGCGGGCUGUAGGAGCCUGCAGCAAUCGAAUCCUUGCGCUAUCCGAAGGAAUUUCGCCGGGAGUACAUCCUGGAACGGGAGCCCGAUGCACCCUUAAU